AUGGGACGUUACGUUACGGGGCGUUUGCGUAACGCGGCGAAUUUCGGCACUGCGGUGUCGGUCAGAGGCGUGACCUUGGCGCGGUACAGCGACGCCGCCCUUGACCGGCGCAACAGCCCUCCCACGUUCGUCCACGCCAUAAAGCGAAAUCAGGAAGGCCCAAGCGGCUCAAUGGCGAGUCGACUCCAUCAAACGAGAGUCGCCCCUGCUGCUCCGGCGAUAGCGACGAGGAUUGCAUGUGACGAACACUACAAUUGGCCGCCGGCGGGCGUUGCGAGGAUGCGAACUUCCUCGUUUCAUCCAAAUUGGGACUGCGUGAGUCACGGCGGAUCUCUGUACGUUGAACGGGGCGUUUGUUUCGCCGCAGCGCUCGUUCGUGCGACACAUUGCGAGCGCAAACCAGCGGCGCGCUUAGUGAGG